UUUUCCGUUAUUUUAUCAUGUGUGUACAUAUCCACGCUUUUCGUUUUUUUGUCCAUAGUUUAUUAUGAGUUCAUUGGGUCUUCUUCGACUUUGAACAUCUGUGAUUCUGUUGUUUGUGAUAUUGAUCCAAGUUUUUGAUUUGCUUGAAAUCAGCUGAUCUCACCUGAGCUGUCAGCAGAAAGCACUCCUAAAUAUAAACAAGUAGUGUAGUAAACAUUGAACGAGUUUUUUAAAUUUAAAAUCUUAUUCAGAUCGGAUUUCGUUAUGAAUCAAGAUAUACAUUCUUUGUUAGAUAAUACCAACUCCGGCACUGUCUGUGAAUCUGGUUAUGAAUCAGUUGCGACACAAAAUGUGGAAUCUGUCGAGGAAGCAAAACCAAAUAGGUUUCCGCAAUACUUCGCAGCAUUUGCAGCUACUUUAUCUGCAUUGGCUGCUGGUACAGUACUUGGUUGGACAUCUCCAAUUUUAGAAGAGCUGGAACAAGGACAUUUCAGGAAUAUAUCGUUAACAAAUGAUCAAAUAGGAUGGAUUGGAUCCUUUGUCACUUUAGGAGGAAUGGCUAUAUGUAUACCAGCGGGAUUCUUGUGUGAUCUUAUUGGUAGAAAGAAAACUCUACUUCUGUUAAUUUUUCCAUUUACAAUUGGAUGGUUGUUAAUUUUAUUGGCCAAAAAUGUUUUAAUGUUAUAUUUCGGUCGGUUAAUAACAGGAUUGGCAGCAGGAGCAUGUUGCAUUGCUGCUCCAUUAUAUACCAGUGAAAUUGCGCAUAAAACUUUAAGGGGUACCUUAGCUAGUUACUUUCAGUUGAUGGUAACAGUAGGCAUAUUGUUAGCUUAUUUAAUUGGGAAAUAUUUGACCGCUUUACAGUUUACGAUUUGGUGCGCAUGUUUACCUUUCGGUUUCGUUAUAUUAUUCAUGAUUCAACCUGAAUCACCCACGUACUUAAUUAAAAAAGGUUUUUACGAUGAGGCUAAAUCGUCCCUGGUAAAAUUACGGGGACAGUUGUAUAACGUAGAUAGCGAAUUCAAUGAAACCGAAGCCUGUUUAAAAGAGAGUUCGAGAAGCACUAUAUCUUUACGAGAAACUAUAAGGAAGAAAACGGUUAUAAAAGCUUUCAUUAUAACUUUUGCUUUAUAUUUUUUCCAGCAGUUUUCUGGUGUAAACGUUAUUAUUUUCUAUACCACUGAUAUUUUUAAGGCAUCUGGUACAAAGUUAGACCCUCAAACCGCCGCUAUAUUGGUAGGGGUGUUUCAAGUUAUUACAACAUUCAUUUCCUCCCUUACAAUCGAUAAGUUGGGACGAAGGAUUUUGCUCUUAACUUCAGCUCUGCUAAUUUCAGUGUCUACGUUACUGUUAGCUGUAUAUUUUACGGUUAAAUAUCGUGCACAUGUUGAUAGCAAUAUAUUAGCAGAAUGGAGCUUUUUACCGGUUACAUCUGUUUCUAUUUUUAUUAUCGCAUAUUCGUUAGGCUUAGGGCCGAUUCCAUGGGUUAUCGCUGUUGAAGUGUUUCCUACUGAAAUACAAAGCAUUACUAGUUCAAUAGGUGGGACGUUUAAUUGGUUUUUAGCAUUCGUCCUUACGAAAAGUUACCUAUCAAUUGCAGACGUUAUAGGCCAAGACAGUACUUUUUAUAUUUUCAGCUUUCUCUCAUUGGCAGGUGUUAUUUUCAUUUAUUUUGUUUUACCUGAAACCAAAGGGAAGACCAAUAUUGAAAUACAAACGGCCUUAGAAAAUUAAUGAAAAAAUAUGCUGAGUGUAUUAUUACAUAAAGGUAAAAAAGAUAUAUACACUUAUUUUCAUAGUACCUACCAACAAAGGGUGAAUAAAUGUUAGAUAAAUGUUAUAAAAGAUUUGUCUUGAAAGAACAGUUCCUUUAAAUCGUAUAUUUUAUAUAUAGGCAUAUAAAGAUAUCUUUGUGCAUUACAAAGAUUUAGUAAAAAAAUUUCUUGGAAAAGUAAACUGAAAUUUAAUUUUAAGUACUUAAUAAUUUGUGGUCAUAUGUUUUUAAAACAUGCAGUAUAUUUUUGAAAUAGUUUUCAAUAUCAUAUUAGUUGUUUCAAUAAAGUAUAAAUUAAAUGAUUUUUAAGUUUUUAACACAGAGCCGCAAGCUAUAAUUUGACAAUUUUUUUAUCCGAUUUUCAAAAACGAGAUAUUAUUUAAAAAUACUACAAACUAAUGCUUAAUACCAAUUUUUUCAGGUAAUUGUUUUUUUCUUAUCAUGGAACGACAUAUUUUUUUUUACUAGAUAUGACAUAUUUGGAAUCUGUUUAUGAUAAUUUGAUUUUCAGGAAAAAUUUAGAGGUAAAAUACACUCAAUUGUAAUAAAUUAUAAUUUUUUAUAGAAAAAAAUAAGGCACACUGGAUUUUGUACUGUUUGAACCAUUAUCGAGCUGUUAUACAUAGCCUCUAUAAAUGUUUACAAGUCACGUGA